UCAUGCUGGCUAGCCCAGGUCCAGAGUCACUCAAGGGACCCCUGUACGAGCCUCCCAUUGUUUUGCUGCUGUCUCCCAUCGCCACAUACUCUGCCUAUGUGCCACUUUCAGGUUCUCCUCCCACACUGAUGGUGUGGAUUCCAUUUUUUUUGUCAUAGGGUGCUGGCAGUUUACGGGCCUCCCGCAUUGCUGCGUGCCAGGCCCGUCCGUAAUUACUGCCAUGGGCGCCCCGUAACCGCUUCUCAUGCUGCUCUGCACAGGUCCUCCAGAGUGUCUCAUGGGUCCCUGUACCCCGGCGCCGUCCAAUUGCUGCUGUCUCCAUUGCCCACACAUCUGCACAUGUGCCACUUUCAGGUCUCCUCACACUGCUGGUGUGUUCCAUUUUUUGUC